AUGGUCCUCAAACUAUCGUUUGCAUGCUGGGACUAUGACCGCAUGAAGGCUCUGGAGGAUGGACGCGUGCGCCCCGAAGGCAUCGAGUUGAACUUCCUCAACUAUCGUGUCGAAGAGACCUUCUUCCGACAGCUGCGCUUCCAAGAAUUCGACGUCUCGGAGAUGUCUUUGUCUUCCUAUGUUCUCACUCUCAACCGGGACAACCCCCCGUUCAUCGCUUUGCCAGUCUUCCCCUCGCGAUUCUUUCGACAUCAGUCAAUGUACAUUAACACUAAGUCCGGCAUCAAGCAGCCGUCCGACCUGAGAAACAAGCGUAUCGGGAUUCCUGAAUACCAGAUGACGGCAGCUGUAUGGCAACGAGGCAUUAUGCAGGAGGAGUUUGGUGUUCCUGUUACGGAGGUCGAGUUCUUUACUGGUGCUAUUGAGCCUUCCGAAACAGAGCGCAUCAGCAAGGUAUCUCAUUCCUACCCACCUGGAGUCAAGGUUACGGCCAUCAAACGUGGACAGAACCUGUCUCAGAUGCUCGAGCAUGGAGAGAUCGACGCAAUAUUCAGUGCUUCAAAGCCUUCUUGUGUAGGCCGUGGUGAACAUUGUACCUAUCUAUUCCCGGAUUUCAAGAAGGUAGAGGCAGACUACUAUCGUAGGACUAGGAUAUUCCCUAUCAUGCACGUCAUCGUUGUCAAGCGUUCAGUAUACGACGCUAACCCUUGGGUCGCUCGGGCUCUACAAAAGGCUUUCGCCAGAUCCCUGGAUAUUGCUUAUGAUGCUGUAAAAGAACGUGCUGCACUACGUUACAUUCUUCCGUGGCUCGAAGAUCAUGUGCACGAAACGACGGCCCUUAUGGGCGAGGAGCGUUGGUGGAAAGACGGACUCGGCGAGAACAGGCAUGUCAUUGAGAAAUUCCUCCAAUAUUCCCACGACCAGGGGCUGGCAAAGCGACUAUACAAGGCGGAGGAGCUGUUUGCCCCAAACUCGUUGGAAGCUUUUGUGAUCUAA